UAUAAGUAACUCUCAAACCCUAAUCGACUUAUUUCAGUCUCUCGUUCUCUCACCUGUGUUGGAGCUGCACCAACUUCGCAAAGAGUAAGCGGCGCCGCUUGUAUUUGAGCUUAGGUUGGAAGAUGGUGAGAGUUAGUGUCUUGAAUGAUGCUCUAAAGAGCAUGUACAAUGCUGAGAAAAGAGGGAAACGACAGGUCAUGAUUAGGCCUUCUUCCAAAGUGAUUAUCAAGUUUCUUCUGGUCAUGCAGAAGCAUGGUUACAUUGGAGAGUUUGAGUAUGUUGAUGACCACAGAGCUGGGAAAAUUGUGGUUGAAUUGAAUGGUAGACUGAACAAAUGUGGUGUUAUUAGCCCUCGAUUCGAUAUUGGUGUCAAGGAAAUUGAGCCAUGGACUGCGAGACUGCUCCCAUCAAGACAGUUCGGUUACAUUGUGCUGACAACAUCUGCUGGAAUCAUGGAUCAUGAAGAAGCUCGUAGGAAAAAUGUUGGAGGUAAAGUACUUGGGUUCUUCUACUAGUAAUGGACACAGAAGCUCGUUUUAAUAGUCAUGAAGUUAAGUACUCUGGACUCCCUUUUCUCUACCGGAAGAGGAUUUACUGCUGAAGUUGCUUCUGGGGACACUUUUAUGCGGCUUGUUUUGAUCUACCUUAUGGAAUGAAAACAUUUAAGGAUUUUAGUUAUUUGAAGUGCCAGUUUCAAUCUUUUGUUUUGCUGAUACAAUCUGUUUGAAUUAUGAUGGUAAGCAAAAAUUUUGGUUGACAGUGAGGAAUAUUUAACUUCUUGAUGCAAAUUAUUUUCUUUACUAUUGUGAUAUCAACUUUCUGUAUUGGGUGUA